UCAGGGAUCAUUCGUACCGUCAUUUACUUGAGAUCGCCGGCGGCGGUUUCCCCAGCCUCCGACGAAGAAUCAGCUACCGGAUUUCGUGGCGGUACAGCUUCAUUCCCCGACGCCUUACCUUAGCCUCUUGAUCUCCUCUGAACUUCGCGUACACACCGCUCUUGUAAAACUCCUUCGUCCUCCAAACCAGGAGGAUCGAAACGAGAAAACCUAGAAAACUGGCUGCCGCGAUAAUGAGAAGCGCCGAGCGGAAGCAGCUCGCUCCGGCACAGUUUAGCUCUUUCCCGGGUUCCCUCACGAGCCCUAAUCGUUCCAAUUGCUUCGUGGCUUCGUCGUCGUACGAACGGCCGGCGACUUUCACUCUCGAAACCAGGGAUCCGAUGGGGCUGGAAACUGAUUAGGAGUGAUGCGAAUACCAUGAACCAUCUGCCGGAAAGGACUUGAGAGCCGAAGCUUCUGAUUUCCCUCCAACAAGUGAGCUCUCCUCAUCAGCCAUUGGUGGGGGGUUCUCUUUUCCCUUCUCGCGGGGCUUCAAAAUGGGCUCUGAAGGAUCUAUUGACAUGUUGAAGCUUUCUGUUUCUUCAGCAUCUCUUCCGGGUACUGAAGGUUUCUUCUCAGCAAUUUGCUCUUAUUUUCUUCUUAAUCGCCAAGCGUUUAAAGCAAGACUAGUUGAAGAAUUGUUCAAAACUGAAAAGUUGCUGGCGUUAGAGAAGCUUUAUGGCAGAAAAGGGAACUGGCAUUUGCUGCGCCGGUUCAGCUUGCUUCAGAAUGAGCCAAUACCAAAGCUCAUUACCACGAAGCAAUGGAGAAUCCCAAGAAUCUGGAAGAGGGGCUUGCCCACAGGGAAUCACUUGGCAAUGGAGAAAAGCAGCAGAAUGAAGUUUCUGAACACCCGGAAGCUGAAGAAAAAGAAGAGCAGCAACCUGAAAAGCAGAAGAGCAAGAGGGUUGCAACUUUGGAUGUAUUCAGAGGGCUAACAGUAGUGUUGAUGAUUCUGGUAGAUGAUGCCGGAGAAGCAUACCCUCUGAUUAAUCAUUCGCCAUGGAAUGGCUGUAGAUUGGCAGACUUUGUGAUGCCUUUUUUCCUCUUCAUUGUUGGCAUGGCAAUAGCUCUGGCCCUAAAGAGAGUACCUAAGAAGAGGGACGCCGUAAGGAGGAUAUUCUCAAGGACAUUGAAGCUUCUCUUUUGGGGAGUUCUGUUGCAAGGAGGAUAUUCACACGCUCCAAGUGACCUCGCUUAUGGAGUAGACAUGAAGCUCAUCAGAUGGUGUGGCAUUCUCCAGAGAAUUGCGUUGGUAUACAUGAUUGUGGCUCUGGUAGAGACGUUCACCAUCAAGCACAGACAAAAGAUCUUGAAUCCUGGGCAUUUCUCUAUCUUCACGGCAUACCGAUGGCAGUGGCUUGGAGGGUUCAUUUCUUUCCUGAUUUACAUGAUCACGACAUUUGCGCUCUAUGUUCCCGACUGGAGUUUCGUGAACCAUGAUGAACAGAAGAGAUAUACGGUUUGGCACUACCCAGUGAACUGCGGAAUGAGAGGUCAUUUAGGACCAGCCUGCAAUGCUGUUGGACACGUAGAUCGAGCAGUCUGGGGUGUUAACCAUCUCUAUGGUGGUCCUGAAUGGCGCCGUCUCAAGGCUUGCACUGUCAGCGCUCCUAGCUCAGGCGAUCUCCGGGAUGAUGCUCCUGCUUGGUGCCACGGCCCAUUCGAACCCGAAGGCUUGCUGAGUUCGAUUUCUGCCAUCCUCUCGGGGACCAUUGGCAUUCAUUAUGGACAUGUUUUGAUCCAUUUCAAGGAGAAUUCCAAGAGGCUCAAGCAAUGGGUUUCAAUGGCUGUCGGCCUGCUUAUCAUCGCCAUCAUUCUUCACUUCACCGAUGCUAUUCCGAUGAACAAACAGCUCUACAGCUUCAGCUACGUCUGCUUCACCGGUGGAGCUGCCGGUCUCGUAUUCUCUGGAUUCUACAUACUGAUCGAUAUGUGGGGGUGGAGGAUGCCGUUCCUGUUCCUGGAAUGGAUAGGGAUGAACGCCAUGCUGGUCUACGUAAUGGCUGCUCAAGGCAUCUUUGAAGGCUUCAUCAAUGGCUGGUUCUACAAGUCACCGGACAACACCCUGGUGUACUGGAUCCAAGACCACGUGUUCAACGACGUGUGGAAAUCAGAGAGGGUGGGAACCUUGUUGUACGUGGUAUUUGCACAGAUCACGUUCUGGGCAGUGGUUUCAGGAGUCUUGCACAAACUGGGUAUUUACUGGAAGCUCUGAAACCAAAAUAUAUGACACAAGAACCAAAGCUCAGUCAUUCUACUUUGGUUUCUUUAGUCUAUUUUACCAUCAACCAAAAUGCUAGUUGUAACACGUUGGAGAAUGUAUAGUUAUAGCCGACAAAUUUCCCCUAUUGGUUUGUUUAACAGUUUUCAGCUCAUGUCAUUCUUGUUACUUUAGUGUCAUCGAUGUAAUUGGUUUUUACGUGUGUAAGUUUGUAUUUGUAAUGGUUGGUGGCUAAUUUGAGCCCUUAAUGGGGUUUAAACGUUUAACUUGAUGUUCAGGACUGAAGAUGCUCAAUUUACU